GAUGACGGACUUGACCUAUAGUUAUGUUCAUAUGACCAACUACGACCUCCUAAUCAUUGAUACGAUUGAGACGUCGGAAUACAUCAAAGGCGACCUCUCAGAUGAUGACAUAGAAGUCCCAACUCACAUGGUACCUCCGAAUCCCGACGAGUCAGACGUCCUACCAUCUCAAAUGCACCCCUCAUACCCAUACGGAAACCCAAAUCACAAGAAGCACCCUGCAGCGAAACCACGCCCAAUCUACGAUCCACACUCCCGCGCUUUAUUUGAGGACAUGAGAUACGGUGGCGGUGGAGUCAACGGCUCUCUCCGAUGGAAGGAUCUGGCCCUCGAAGAACUGCUGCCAGUCGACGAAGCAAAGGAAGAAGCCAAAAGGGCAAUGCAGGCUCGCAAAAUGGCUAGUGGCGCGUCGAACAACAAUCCCCAGGCUCAACAACAUCCGAAUCAAGCUCCUCAAGCACAACCAGCUGAAGAAGAUGACGACGAUGACGACGAUGAGAACGAUGAAAAUGUCAACGAGAGUAUUGAUGACGACGACGAGGAUGAUGAGGGCGAAGAAGAGGAGACAGAAGAGGAAGGUGGAAUAGACGAUGAAGAAAGUGACGAGUACGUUGCUUGGUA